AUGCCCAGUAAUGGAAACUCGGUUCUGAACGCAUCCUCUGUCGCCGUCGACGUCCUCGACCGUCGUCCUCACAGCCCGCGCUCGCCACGCCAGCCAGCACCGCCCAAAGCAGCCUCGCCCUCGUCAAAGGAGAACCACCCGUUGCUACACAAUGGCCACCAUGGCCACGAUGAAGACGCAGAGGGCGAGUCCGAGGCCGAGACGGUCGUCCUCGACGCGAGAGACGACCGCUCGCCAGAGAAGAAGGCCAUCAAGAUGGAGCGCAUCGACGAAGACGACAACGACGCCGCGCGCCUGCGCUCCAUCAAAGAGCAGUCGCACGCGCAUUCACCCCAGUCCAACGGCCGCCGCCGCUCCAGCAACGGCAAGGUCGUCAAGAUAAACGGCGCCAAGCACGGCUCUGACCACGAUGCAAAGAGCCCUGAUCCCACCUCACCAAGCAGCCUGACCACCUCGCGGCACACCAAAGACACGAGCCCAACCGACUCGGCCAAAUCGCCUCCUCAGUCUGCCCUGUCACCUACACAGACUACCACGCGCGGCCGCAGUGCGUCCUCCGUGGAAAACCGCAAGCGCAAGCUGCGCGAUGGCUCGUUUCCCAAAUCAAUUGAGCCCCCGCGACAAAAGGCAAAAACCGAAGGUCUGAAAGAUUCGCGUCAGCCUCAUUCACCUGCGACUCCAGGAUUUGGCCGCCCCCACAAGCGGUCACAGUCCACGCAGUCCAUUGCUACUGGCGCAGCGGGACGCAAACGCCGCGAAGUCACCGCACUUGCGUUGUCCACAGAGCACCCGCCUUGGUCAGAGUCCAGCUCGGAACACUCAACCUCACCACAGACCGCAGUGGCGCCACAUCUUCUUCAGCACAACCGGGUGAAGCGCUCCUCACAUCGUGCGCUGACCUCCCCUGCCCGCACCAUGCCCCAGCGGAAAACCGACAGAUUCGGCGCAACAAGGCUUGCCCGCGAAGCCGAAAAGGGAGACUUGGACGCAGUCAAAGAGGCGUACGAGGAUGCGUCCGACGAAUUAAACUCGGUCGAUUACGCCGGCAUAGCUCCGCUGCAGAAAGCUGCAUUGCAUGGUUGGGCUGACGUGGUCGAGUUUCUCAUUAGCAAAGGCUGUCGCACAGACUGCGAAAGCAACGACCGCGACACUCCGCUCAUCGAUGCUGUCGAGAAUAGCCACCUCGAUGUGGUCAAGCUCCUGCUCAACCAAGGACACGUCAACCCCCAUCAUCAGAACAAAAAAGGCCAGCGCGCAAUCGAUGUCCUGGACUAUGAAGACAAUGACGCUGAAGAAAUAGAAAAAGAGCUCAAGGAAGCAAUGAAGAGGCAGGUCGACACGUCUGCCGCCAAUGACCACGAAUCAGGACGAAAGCAGGCAAGGACGGCGUCGCGCCUUCUCUACAACGAAUACAACGUUGAAACCCUGAUCGAGAAAGCUGGCGAUGGCGACAUCUCUGCAGUCGGAGAGCUGAUCAACAGCAACAUCAAGCCCAACAUUACAUGCGGUGUUGCAGCGGCAAGAGGUGGACACUACGAUAUUCUCAGCAUUCUGCUCGCGAGCGGCUUGAAAGCUGACCCUGAUCCGUCCAAGCACCCAGAGACGCCAAUGACAGUGGCUAUUGGAAGAGGACAUUUGCGGAUUAUCGAACUGAUACUAGAACAAGACAACUUCGAUCCGACUCGACGGAACAAGGAAAACAAGGCGUACUAUGAAAUCUCUGAAGAUCGCGGAGGCCCAAAAUGGGAGCAAGAGAGGGAUAUUCUAAAGCGGGCAUAUGAUGAGCACAGGGGACUACAUAGGAGCCCUCGGAGAGUCAAGAAGGAGCCACCGAAUCCAUCAGCUGUACGCAUGAAGAGAAAGUCUCCGCCCCGAAGAGAGCGCUCAUCCUCGCCGCGCCACGAAGCGAAACGUACAAAGUCAACAACGGCCCUCGUACCUCAGAAACCGCGACGGUUGUUAUCUGGAAAAGAAAAGGCAAAUCGAGAGGGCCAAAGGCGGAAGCGAGUGGUAGAUGACGAGUCUUCGGAUGAGGAAAGCGAGGAGGAUGUCCGGCCGCCUACAAGAAAGGUCCAACCUCGUUCGUACAGCGAAGGCGAAGAAGCCAAACCCGUCAGGAAGGCACUCAAAGCACGUUCGGAUGACAACGAGACUAAACGGCCGGCUCGUGUGCAUUCUGAUGAAAGUGACGACGACCGUGGCAUGGAGCGUCCAGCAAAAGUUCGCGUGAAACCUGUCAAAUCCCACAGCGCCAAACCCACACCUGAAGUCGAUUCUCCCGACGACCGAAAACCUCUGAGACAGAAAAUCAAAUACAAGACCAAGGAGGACAAGAUCAGGAAGAGGAAACCGUCGGAUGCGUCAACCGACGACGUCAGCGUAAAGAAGACGCCUACGGCAUCUGCCAAAUCUACGCCUGCGCCUCCAGAGAGAAUUGCAACCCCGGAGGUAGAGCGUGCGCGCCGUCAGGAGGAACUAAGAGUUCAAGCCGAAGCAAAACGCAAAGCAGCUGAGGCUGAAGUACGCAGAAAGGAAGAAGAGGAGGCUGCCCGCAAGGCUGCAGAAGAGGAGGAAGCCAGGAAGAAAGCGGAAGCUGAAGCAGAGGCAAAACGGAAAGCUGAGGAAGCAGAAGCUGCACGCAAGCGAGAGGAGGAGGAGGCUCAGCGUCUGGCUGACGAGGAAGCGCAGCGGCAGAAAGCGCUCGCUGCUCGACAGAAGCGGAUAUCACAGCUACCACGAGCGUUGCGGCGAGCGUGCGAGCUGGGCAACAACCGGCCCCUCCACUUUUCUGGCGAAGAACUCGGCGUAUCUCUAGUCUUCCUUCCACUGCUCUACGCGACUGCGCAGGACCUCCGCGACCCGCAGGCUCUGCCCGACAAGACUUACAUCUGCUCCUUUCAGCUAGUCGGCAUCUUGGGUCUUCCCGAGCUUGACCUAGAACAUCUCGAUCCUCCGUACUCCAACUGGCCCCGUAUUCCCGUUACGCGCAAACAGCGAGAUGUUCUCCUCCGCCACUACGAUGUCGCUCUGCUUGCCCAAGACUUUCGCUUCCCUCAGGAAGGCACGCCUGACUUUGAUUACGCAAAGAUUCAGGAGAGCAUCAAAGAAGCGAAGAACCAGUUCCUAGCCAUGGACGGCUUGUACUGGGUUGAAGAGUCGCUUUUGCGAUCCGAGGUGGAGAACAUGGAGUCACUCCGACCGCUACUUGCUGAUAUGAAGCCCGAGUGUAAGACCAAGCGUCUAUAUCUAGCCGAUCUCGACCCUGAAGAAAAGCCAGAGACAAAGCAUAAGCCGCGGAAAAGCUUCAUGGACUUGGUGCUUGAGCAGAACGGAGUCAAUGGUGUUGCCGCCCGUGCGACCGUCAACGGCAACGGAUGA